AUGGGAGACGCUUCCGCUUCCGACGCGGCCAUCAAGGCGCACAUCGAGUCCCUCGUCGCCACUCAGCUGCCCAACUCGGCCAUCUACAACUUCCUCCUUUCUGAUGUCCGGAUCCACGCUGCCACAAAGGGCACCGUCAAGGCGCGCCUGACCCUGACCGACCACCACGUGAACUCGCGGGGCGGCAUCCACGGCGCCGUUUCCGCCACAUUUACCGACUGGGCCGGCGGCAUGGCGAUCGCCACGUGGGACCUGCGCGACAAGACUGGCGUCUCGGUCGACAUCCAUGUCCGCUACCUGUCGUCUGCCGUUGUCGGCGACGAGGUCGAGAUCGAGGGCACAGCCGAGAAGGUUGGGGGCUCGGUCGCGUUCACCAAGGUCGUCAUCUCCAAGGUGGUGGAUGGCGUUGCCGGACCCAUCAUUGCCAGUGGCACUCAUACCAAAUUCGUCAAGCGCAACUGA